AUGGCAAACCUCCGGUUCGCCGUUAGCAUGCAACGGUUAAUACCGUUUCUUGGCUUUCACCAUGUUCUCAUGAUUCUCAUCGCCAUUGCGAUAAUAUUGCUCUCUUUGCUACUGGCAGGAUGCUCAUCCACAUCUCCCCUCAUUCCCGGCAUCUUCCUCAUCUCCAUGUGGUACGAACAAUUCACUCCCACCUACGCACCCGAGCAGGUCGACCCUGGCGUCACAGCCGCCAUUGCAAACAUUGUCGGCAACGCCCAGCUCGGUGUUCGUGUCGGCUACUUUGGCAUUUGCAUCAACCGUGAUGGCGGUGGUUUCAUUUGUUCCAACAACGCCACUGCCCUUGUCGACAACGUGUCUGUCGACCAGGACCCCCUCAACCUUGUGUGGGUAGCCGCUACCUUCAAAGAUGCCGUCGUUUUCCCUUACCUCCUCAUCGUCGCCAUCAUUCUCGCCUUCUUCACCUUCAUCCUCCUCGCCACUUUCCCCGGAUGGCACGAGGAGAGAGACGAGCGAACUGGAUCCGACGUCGACGUCAAGCCUUUCCCCUCCAGGCCCGUCUCUCAGGUCGCUCUCGCUCUCAUCUUCAUCUCGUCCAUCUUCGUCCUCGUCUCCGUCUUAUGGCAACAUACCGCCUCGGUCGCUGCUGCAACAAUCGUGCAAGAUCUCGGCAACGGUAGCGUCAAGUCUGGUGUCGGCACAUCUGCCAUGGUCCUUGGUUGGUUCGGCUUUGUGCUGCUCAUCAUUGUGACCAUUGGGUUGCUUGUCAUGAUCCUCAGCAUCAUUGUCCUCGACCGCCUCACCGACAAUGACUAA